AUGCUAAUGUCCAGCCCAGAGCAGAGCAGGUCUGGCCUGAUUAAGAUGCUAAUGUCCAGCCCAGAGCAGAGCAGGUCUGGCCUGGGUAAGAUGCUAAUGUCCAGCCCAGAGCAGAGCAUGUCUGGCCUGGUUAAGAUGCUAAUGUCCAGCCCAGAGCAGAGCAUGUCUGGCCUGGUUAAGAUGCUAAUGUCCAGAGCAGAGCAGAGCAGGUCUGGCCUGAUUUAAGGGCCACAUCCUCAGAAUGCCUCAAUAUUGUUCCCACACAAGAAAUAGAGGUUAGGCGGGGAGGAGAGGAGGGGGAUGAAGGAGGAAGAGAGGUAGAGAGACUGCAAGAGAAGAGGACAAGGUCUUGCUUUCUGUUAUGUGAUUCAGGUCCUCCUGUACACCUUGGCCCUUGUCAAGCCCUUUGGAGUUGCAUGGCUUCCACUCCUGAACCACCAACACUUUCCUCUGUCUCUCUCUCUCUCUCUCGCUCUCUCUAGGCCCCAAUCCCAAAGACUGUCCUGAUUCCCAUCUCCAAGUCCUCCGUGUCUCGGUUCCGGAACAGUGUGGAGGGGCUGAACCAGGAAAUAGAGAGAAUCAUCAUCUGGGACGAGCUGCGCCCCCACGAUGUCCCCGACGGACGCCGUGCCCCCCCACCACUGUCCCAACGCCCCUCCUCCCCAAUCAUAUCACGGUGCUGCAGUAGCUCCGCCUUCCGCAGCAUCAACACACAGACACCCCAGGGUGGGGGAGGGGCCAGCGGAGGUGUCGUGGUCAGUAACCACAGUAACAGCAGCCGCUCAGAUUCCGUCUCCCCCUCCUUCCUGACUGUCCCCACCGACACGGAGACGACGGGGGAGAGAGGGAGAGACGGAGGGGGAGAGAGCCCCUGGCCUAGUAGUGAUGAGCUGCUAACAGACUACAGAGAAAAAGGUGAGGACUGCCCUCGAGAACCACAGACACAUAACAGAGACCCUCUCUCCCUACCUACCGAUCAAUCAAUCCAUGUUUUAUUUAUACUGAAAAAUUAACACAACAUGUACAGUGUUGGUUUCAUGAGCUGAAAUGAAAGAUCCCAGACAUUUUUCAUAUGCACAAAAAACGUAUUUCUCUCAAAAGGCAACUCUAAAAUGUGCAGUUUUGUCACACAACACAAUGCUAGAGCUAGAGUCCCUACCAACAGACCAGCUAGAGUCCCCUACCAACAGACCAGCUAGAGUCCCCUACCAACAGACCAGCUAGAGUCCCCUACCAGCAGACCAGCUAGAGUCCCCUACCAACAGACCAGCUAGAGUCCCCUACCAACAGACCACCAUAACUAGAGUCCCCUACCAACAGACCAGCUAGAGUCCCCUACCAACAGACCAGCUAGAGUCCCCUACCAACAGACCAGCUAGAGUCCCCUACCAACAGACCAGCUAGAGUCCCCUACCAACAGACCAGCUAGAGUCCCCUACCAACAGACCAGCUAGAGUCCCCUACCAACAGACCAGCUAGAGUCCCCUACCAAACAGACCAGCUAGAGUCCCCUACCAACAGACCAGCUAGAGUCCCCUACCAACAGACCAGCUAGAGUCCCCUACCAACAGACCAGCUAGAGUCCCCUACCAACAGACCAGCUAGAGUCCCCUACCAACAGACCAGCUAGAGUCCCCUACCAACAGACCAGCUAGAGUCCCCUACCAACAGACCAGCUAGAGUCCCCUACCAACAGACCAGCUAGAGUCCCCUACCAACAGACCAGCUAGAGUCCCCUACCAACAGACCAGCUAGAGUCCCCUACCAACAGACCAGCUAGAGUCCCCUACCAACAGACCAGCUAGAGUCCCCUACCAACAGACCAGCUAGAGUCCUCCAACCAUCAGACCACCAUAACUAGAGUCCCCUACCAACAGACCACCUAGAGUCCCCUACCAACAGACCAGCUAGAGUCAACACAAUGCCACAGAUGUCUCAAGUUUUGAGGGAGUGUGCAAUUGGCAUGCUGACUGCAGGAAUGUCCACCAGAGCUGUUGCCAGAGAAUUUAAUGUUAAUUUCUCUACGAUAAGCCGCCUCCAACGUCGUUUUAGAGUAUUUGGCAGGACGUCUAACAUGCCUCACAACCGCAGAUCAUUUGUAACCACGCCAGCCCAGGCCUCCACAUCCGGCUUCUUCACCUGCACGGCCCCAUGUCGCAAUGAUCUGUACACAAUUCCUGGAAGCUGAAAAUGUCCCAGUUCUUCCAUGGUCAUUUGCUAAACAAAUAUUUGUUUUAAUAAAUGACAUACUGUAAUUCACAAAGAGUUGCAAACACUUGUUGAAAUUCUUUCAGUAAUUUAACUGAUGUCGCUCUAUCUGUUCUCUUAACACGUAUGGACUCAGAACUUAAUUCUGUUCUGUUUUAUUUUAGAGACCCAUUUUGUCAUUUGCAAAAGUGCCAAUCCUACAAUUUGUUUGAUUUAAAAUUGAACCUUUAAUGAAUUUGUCAAGAUAAUUUGGCCUUUUUACUUAUUUUUUCUGUUUUAAUCAAAUACAUAAUUCAUGGCAAUUCAUAUCUUGCAGUAAAAUACUUGAAUCUUUAAGAAAAGACAGGUUAAAUGUUUUUUAAAAGUUUUGAUUUUCUCUUACUUUGAAAAUAGUCCUAAUCAUAAAGGGCUAGAUGAUAUCCAAAACAACUAACAAUACAGGGAAUUCAUAUAUUUUCAGUAAUAUAAAUUGUUAACACAAUACCACAACUCAUUUUUCCAAUCUUGGAGGUACACUUAAUACAUUUUUCUAUAAUUUUGCUGUGUAUUUCAGAUGGAAUCAAUAAUAUGCCAUUUAGCAGAGGCUUUUAUCCAAAGCGACUUACAGUCGUGUGUGCAUACAUUUUUACGUAUGGGUGGUCCCGGGGAUCGAACCCACUACCCUGGGCGUUACAAGCGCCGUGCUCUACCAGCUGAGCUACAGAGGACCACAAUCAAGGCAUUCAAAUGUACCAGAGGCCAUCAAAAUAGAGCUUUUUUGGUAAAAAUGUCUGGAGUAGCCAGCCGCCCCGGGGGAACCUGGCUGGCUAGCUUUUUUAUUGGGCUGGCUACUCCACGUGCUUGUGGAAAAACACUGUGCCUCCCAGGCUGAUAACUGAUCGUGUGUGUUAUAAUUACUCAUAAUAAUAAUUACAGGUUGUUCUUUUCCCAGACCUCGGGCCCAGCUCCCCACUCCCUAAAUACGCCUCCUCUCCCAAACCCAACAACAGCUACAUGUUCAAACGAGAGCCUCCUGAGGGCUGUGAGAGAGUCAAGGUCUUCACUGAGAAAACACAGUCAGUACUUUUUACUCCUCCUGAUAUCAAUGCUCAUGUUGUUGUUUCUUAACGCCAUCCUUCUCUUCUUGUUCUGCCUUUAUCUCUCUCUUAGUGGCUGAGCCUGCAGAGCCUUGAGAUGAUGAUGAUGAUGAUGAUAGUUCAGUCAAUGACCCCAGACUAGCUGAGUCAGAAUGGGCUGUUAUGUUUAGUGACACUUCUGUUCUCUCUGUGUGUUCGUGGUUGUCCCCCUCCUCUCCUCUCCCCUCCUCUCUUCUCCUCUCCCCUCUUUUCCUCUCCUCUCCCCUCCUCUCCUCUCCUUUCCCCUCCCCUCAGGUCCAAGCCUCCCCAGCAGGUCCCUUGUCCUCUCCUGAGGUCCAAGCCUCCCCAGCAGGUCCCUCAGUUCCUCACAGGUCCAGACAGGAACAAGGUCAACUUCAUCCCCAACAGUGGCUCGGCCUUCUGCCUCGUCAGCAUCCUCAAGCCCCUCCUCUCCACGACAACCCAGGAACUAAACCUCAAACCCCUCCUCCCCACGAGCAACCAGGAGCUCAGCCUGAAGAGCCCCGGGGCAGGGCCCAACUUUACCUUGUCCCCACUCAGCACGCCUCUUACCGGGGCUUCCCUCAGCCUUUCUUCCCUGACCCUGGAACAGCAGGAGCAGAGGAUCUCCAGAGGGACCAGUACCCUGUCUUCCUCCAGUCAGCCCCCCUGCCUCCCCCUCCCUCAACAACUGGAGAAGACCUAG